CUGUAGGGCUCCCUGGUUCACACUCGACUCCCAUGCCGAGAUCUCGAGUACGUCGUUUGCUUGCUUGGUCCACUAUUUUUUUUCGAAAAAGACAGUAUGGAUAUUGUCCACGAUACACCUCAGCUGUGAGCACGAGAUUUUGUCUGGCUCGGACUACUGAACUUCUACUAAGUUCUACAAGUUCCGUCACUUUCCAACAAUAAGACUGUUGUAGCUGGAAGAGCAAGUGGCUCGGCUUUCCUGGCAGUGCUACUGCUAGUACAUGUAAUAGUUUCUUCGCCAUUGCAAGUCUUCGGACAGUUUUUUUUUGAAAAUUUGUGCUUGACAAAGCUAAAAUCAGUCCCGAACAGUCGGCUACUUGGAUAGGAGCUGAUCAUGCCGGCCCCAGGAAAAUCGUUCGAAGUCACCUUCUACAGGGCCGAGAAGGAAAUACUGGGAAUGACGAUCGGCGGCGGAGCACCUCUGUUCCCCUGCAUCUACGUCGUACAAGUUUUCCCGAAGGGCAAAGUCUAUGAAGAAGGAACACUGGAGCCAGGCGAUGCCAUCACGCACGUCAAUGGCGAACUCGUCAGCAAGAUGAAACGCAUAGAUGUUGCCAACAAGAUCAAGAACUCAGGGAAUCCCGUCCGCAUUACUGGAAACAAGCUGACCUUUGAUGUGAUCGAGGGAAUAACGAUAGAUAUCUUAAUGGCCGAUUUCAAGCACCGCAUCUUGGACUACGUGUCUGCGAACAUGGCAGACAAGUUUGGUCUAACUCGUGCCAUGCUGGUGAAUGAUGAUUUUGUGCAACGCUUUGAGCUGCUUGAGAAGAACGAGGCGUCGAUGAAACAGCUGUCCAUUCGAAUACACAGUCUACUCAAGGCAUUUAAAGACCAGUGCUCCGUAAACCGCGAGCUGGCGGAGGUUUUCUCCGAACUUUCUCAGGUUGAUGCUGACAUGGCACGUCGAAAGACAUCCACUCUCAUCGGGGAGGCCCACCGGCAGUUCACUAAAGGCGGCCUCAAGUUCAUCAAAGAAUCCAGUCCAAUCAUCGCAGACAUGAAUACAUUUCUUUCCAAGGCCAUUCCCGACUCGCGUGCUACAAUUCGCCACUACCUCGAUCUCAAGUACAUCUUUCUGUCAUUCUGUCUGAAGGUACAGCUCAUGGAUGAAGAGGAAGCAGAACAUGCUCGUUCACAUGCCUAUCUAGGCAGACUAAGCACCGGCAAUGCAGAGUAUCGCAUUGCUCUGCGCUGCCAACACAUGGCGAAGCGGCGCUUCUUGAACAUGAGGCAGAACGUCACGGAGAAGUUGUAUCUACUGGAUAACAAAAGGCUACAAGACCUGCAGUCACAGCUGUGCAAGUUCGCCGUCUCCAUGCAUCAUCACAUGCGCCAGUCGGCUAUGUUUGCCUCCGGUAUCAGCUUCCCGCAACAUGACUACAACCAUUCUGAGCUGGCUGUGUUGGGUGAGGCAACUACUCGACUGUCUCCACAGCCAAACCAAUCAACACCGUUUAUCAACUGACAGUGUACACCGAAAUAGCACCAGGCACAGUGCGGGUCUUCUUCUGCUCUCGCUCUGCUACGCUAGCCAUUCUCAGCUUACUAGUAGUCCUUUCGCUAUGUGUCCGUGUGUGCCGCGUGGAUGCAUGGUCUUCGGGGCGUCAUCGUCGGCAUGCCUGUUCCUAUCUUUGCCGGGCAUUUUCUCUCUCUCUCUCUCUCUCUCUCUCUCUCUUUCUCUCUUUCUGCUGACGCGCCCUCUAGCACGCAGAUUUCUCAGCCACCGCCCGACUUUCCUUCGCCGGAGCGCACCCCAUUAGGUAGAUGGGAUCAGCAGAGUUCAGCCAUCAAGAAGGAGGAGUACGUUGAUGUCUCGAGUCUGAGAUGCACGGUUGCGCUACGCUCCCACUCUAACCUCACUAGAUCCCAAACACGUGCACGAGCACAUGCUCACUUCACGUACUCUGACGCGCACGCGAGAAGCGCUGCGCUUGCACCGGCCUGUGCGCACGAGUACAAGCGUCCUCGCGCGAGCACGCGUGCUUGCACCCCUCGCGAUAGCAGCACUCGAGCGACGGUCAUGUUGUCUGCGGCUACUGUUUGUCAUAGUCCGUUCCCGCGAAUCAUCUUCUCCACUAUUCCUACGUUUAUCUGACAGACUGCUGCUCCAUCAUUUACACCAUUACUUUGAAGUUUGUUAUGACAAUCAGCUCCCGUCCAGCUCUACUCGUAUAGCUUACCCAGUGCCGAUGUUUAAGAGUUCUAGUACCCAGGCCAGCACACGUUUGACACAAGUGCUCGCUCCAUUAGUCACCAGCAGUCUUUGCUGAUUUCGCAUCUUUUCCAACUGCUGUAUUUCUAGGUUCCUGCAUGAUUUUUCGCAUUUUUAAUUUGAAAAUAAAAUUCUAAGGUCCAUUGUGUACCUAUUCGUUA